AUGCCCGCAAAACAAUUUUAUCUUCUUGGAGAGGCAGUGUCCUCUGCUAAGAACAUUGAUGUCGACGAAAAGAGUGGUCUAGAGGAUCUUCAGCACCUGAUUGCAGCUCACUUCGCAGUCGUCGAGCCUAAUGGUAUCGGUUUCCAAGCUCAAGACUACGAGUUGAAGGAUAUUUCAGAAAUCACAUCGGCAGAGACACCCAUUGCCAUUACCAUUGAUGGACACGCGAUUCGUGAACCUCCGGGUCCAAAGGGCUUGCCGAUUGUUGGAAAUUUCUUCGAGGUAUACCCUGAUCAUCUCGGCAAUCAUCAACGUCUUUUCGAACAAUACGGACCGAUCUUCAAGACAACCAACCUCGGACGUACAAUCUAUUCUACCAAUGAUCCAACCCUCGCCACAAUAGUUUUCGCCGAAUCUGACUUCUUCACUAAGGAGAUCAACCCAGCUCAUCCGCUUUAUCCUCUGAAGCAACAGGCCGCUGGUGUUUUCCUAGGAGAUACAGACACUCCUGAGUGGAGAGUUGCGCAUAAAUUUCUACCGCCAGCCCUUGGACCCAAGGCUGUCCGCCACUAUGCGCCUAUGAUGCAAAAGACAGUGGAGCAUUCCUUUGAGGUCUUUGAUGCUCUCGAUGAACGGGGCGAGGCAUGGAACGUGUACCAGUAUAUGCUGAAACUCGGAUCUCAGGCCGUUGGAAAGCUCACACUUGGCUUGGAUUUCCAACACUUUGCAUCGCCAGACUCCAAACUGCAUGAGAUAGUGCAUUUGAUUGCAGAAGUUCUUUCCCUCAACAAGAAAGUCUCAUCGAAGGGAGAUUGGUACGGUCGACUGCCUUUUGGUGAUCCGCAGCGGCUUAGGACGGUCAAAGCUAGGAUUGAAGAGCUUAUUGGAGAGUCAGUGAAGCAAGCCGAGAGCGGUGGAGUUGAAGACCUUCCGCUUCAAGAUGCGGCGCUAAGAGCUUCCAAUAUGGUCGACUAUGCUAUUCGUGCAACCGACAACAAAGGAGAAAAGCUUCCUAAAGAUAGCUUGAUUUGGGCUUUGCUCGUCACAACCGGAGCUGGCUUUACAACCACAAGCUCUUUACUGUCCUGGUUGAUCUAUGGUCUCGUAACAUACCCCGGAAUGCAAGACAGACUUCUACAAGAGUUGGUUGACAACGGCAUCGACGAGAAUACCGAAAUCACUGCAGAUGUGACCGACAGACUUGAUUUCCUCGAUAAGUACAUCAAGGAGAUGCAGCGUCGCCACAACCCAAGCUUCCAGCCUGCCCGAACCGCCAAGGUAGACCUUGUGCUUCCGGGCGGUUACAAGAUCUCCAAAGAUUCCGUUGUUCUGCCGGCCCUGCAUCACAUCCACAACAACCCUGAACUGUGGGAUAACCCUCACAAGUUCACCCCUGACCGCUGGGACACAGAGGAAGUCAAAAACAGACACAAGGCAGCAUAUAUCCCAUUCGCGACGGGUCAGCGUAUGUGUAUCGGGUUCAAUUUUGCUCUACAGGAAAUCAAGGUCUUCCUUCCAAAGUUGAUUUAUCGGUACAAAUUCCUCCGAGAAGGUGAUGGACCGAUCGAGUAUGAUCCCCUGUUCCAGUUAAUUCGACCCAAUAACCUCUAUGUCAGAGCGGAAAAGAGGAUCAAGUGGCCGCCAAGGACUGGUGAAUUGGGAAUUGAGCAGUCUUGA